CGGGCGGCGCCGGGCGGGGACGGAGCGGAGCGAGCGGCCAUGAGAACCCUCAGCGCCCUCAGCGCCGUCCUGCUCGCAGCGCUCCUGGCGCCCGCCGCCGCGGGGCCCGCCCAGCUCUUCCGCGAGGAGUUCGCGGAUGGAGACGCCUGGAGCCGCCGGUGGGUGGAGUCGAAGCACAAACCCGACUACGGGCGGUUCGUGCUCACGGCCGGCAAGUUCUACGGCGACGCCGAGAAGGACAAAGGCAUCCAGACGAGCCAGGACGCCCGUUUCUACGCCCUGUCGGCGCGCUUCGAGCCCUUCAGCAACCGCGACAAGACGCUGGUGCUGCAGUUCACGGUGAAGCACGAGCAGAACAUCGACUGCGGCGGGGGCUACGUCAAGCUCUUCCCGGCCAGCCUGAACCAGGAGGACAUGCACGGGGACUCCGAGUACAACAUCAUGUUUGGUGGGUGUGCUGCUCCUCCCCCCAGAGCCCCCCAUGCCACCCUGUUCCAGACCCCUCAGACCUCCCUGCAAGAAUUGCUUAACAAGGACAUUCGCUGCAAGGAUGACGAGUUCACCCACCUGUACACGCUGGUGGUGAGGCCCGACAACACCUACGAGGUGAAGAUCGACAAUGCCCGGGUGGAGUCGGGGUCCCUGGAGGAGGACUGGGAUUUCCUGCCCCCCAAAAAGAUCAAGGACCCCGAGGCCCGAAAACCCGACGACUGGGACGAGAGGGCCAAGAUCGACGACCCUGAGGACACCAAGCCCGAGGACUGGGACAAACCCGAGCACAUCCCGGACCCCGACGCCAAGAAACCCGAGGAUUGGGACGAGGAGAUGGACGGGGAGUGGGAGCCCCCCGUGAUCCAGAACCCCGAGUACAAGGGCGAGUGGAGGCCGCGGCAGAUCGACAACCCCGACUACAAGGGCAAGUGGGUGCACCCCGAGAUCGACAACCCCGAGUACAGCCCCGACCCGCUGCUCUACUCCUACGACAGCUUCGGGGUCAUCGGCCUCGACCUCUGGCAGGUCAAGUCCGGCACCAUCUUUGACAACUUCCUGAUCACGGACGACGAGAAGUUUGCCGAGGAGAUCGGGAACGAGACCUGGGGGCCACCAAAGGAGGCAGAGAGGAAGAUGAAGGAGCAGCAGGACGAGGAGCAGCGCAGGAAGCAGGAGGAGGAGGAGAAGCAGCAGAAGGAGGAGGAAGGGGACGACGAUGGGGACGAGGAGGAGGAGGAGGACGAAGAGCCCGAGGCCGAGCCCGACGAGGGCGAGGGGGGAGCCCCCCGGGACGAGCUGUGAGGGCCCCCCCGGGGGGGCCGUUCUGUCUCUGUGAGACCCUUGGACUCUUUUCUACGGGAGCCGGGACCCCCCCGGGGACCCCCCCAGGACAACCAGGGGCCCUGGGGAUUCACUGGGACCCCCCCCCAGGACAACCAGGGACCCCCAGGACAACCAGGGGCCCUGGGGAUUCACUGGGACCCCCCCCCCAGGACAACCAGGGACCCCCCAGGACAACCA